UACCAUCAAUUGCAUGGAAGAUUUGGCGCGCACGCGAUAGAAGUACGAGUAACUAUCAUUUUGUUUAUUUGAGCGUUGCUUUGUCACAAAUAUGGAAUUACCGAAGACGCCCGAUGAAUUGUCCGCACAAGAUCUUGCCCGGUGCAAGCAAUUAUUAGAAGAUCCCGCAAAAUGGCACUCGAUACCACUCUUGAAUCACACGCCGCUGCACAAACUGAAAGACCUGGGUUUAGUGCGUUUCCGUGGCAUGGUACAGGACAUGAUGGAUCCGGAAAUCUAUUUGGAGCGCUACGAGAUCAAAUCAGCGAACGGCACCACGCGUUUGCAGGAAGGCAAGUAUCGUGAUUGUUUGCGCCUGGCCAAAGAGGAGCAACUCGACUACAACGCCGAAAGCAAUGUGCAUGGCGAGAGGCGAACAUUGUUUGUGGUUUCGCUGCCGGGCCAAAACGCUUGGGCCAAAGAGCACGAAAAAGAAUGUGGACCAGAGAUGACGACUACACCUGAAGGUGGCGUUGGAGUUGGCAUUAAGCGCGCUUUUGAUGAGAAGGAAGACAUGGACAUUGACAGCACAGAUGAUGUUUCUAGCCAGAAAAGACAAUGCAAGGAAUCACCUAGCACAGUAAGUGGCGCUGAAAAACCCACCGCUGUACUAGGUGCAGAAUAUCUGCUCAACUCGCCACUGCCUGAUCGUCCGAGCAUGGCGUGUAUGAUCAAAGUUUAUGAGGAUUUUGAUAAAUACACUUUGAACUCGUUGAUGGAUUUUGUGGGCUUCUUGUCUGUGGAUCCAGCACUAGACGCAGCCACACUGGAUGUGGAAGCCAUGCAGCAAAUGGAGUGCUUGAGUGAAUUGCAGGCACAGAAUCCAUCACCAUUUCUCAUACCACGUCUGCAUGCCUUUGGUGUCAAAUCGCUGGCGCAUGCGAAUCCUCUGCUGGAUCGAAGUUUGCUGCAGCCAAGUGUGGCUGAUGUCCAAGCAGACACAGUGCACAAGGAUCUGCGUAUGCUGCUUAAGCUGUGUCUGUUUGAGGACGAUCUGGCCGCCGAGUAUUUGCUCUCGCAUCUCAUUUCCACCGUUUACAGUCGCUCUGAGAUGCAGAGCAUUGGCAAAUUUGCACUAAACCUGUGUAAUCUACCCAAGGAUUGCCUACCUAAGGAUUACACGAGAAAGCUCUAUGAAGUGCUGGAGCUGCUACUACCCGCCAGUCACUAUCUUCCCAUGUCGUUGGACACCAUGAACUCAGCUGCCUUUGCUCCCAAAAAGGAUUAUGAGACGAACAAACUGGUAUCGGGGCUGCUGCAGCUGGCGCCGCACACACAUCUGGUGCUCGACGAGACGCACAUGCAGCAGGGCAAGCUGGAAGCUAACGGUGUCCAAGCCAUACAGCAUUUGGCACACUUGAUUAACAAUCAGCAGCUCAAAUGCGAUUUUCAGUAUUACCAAAUCGAUUAUAACGUUGACAUUCCAGUUCUGGUGCUUAGCGAGGGUCGCAGCAUGUUGCCGAGUGAUUUUGUGCUGCCCAUCAAUGCAGAUGCCAAGGCCGUGGAUAUGAGUGAGGAAUCCAUGAAGGCGGCUCUACACUAUUUACAACCACAACGAUUGCAGCAGUUUCGUUCCUAUCUGACCUUGGCACGCACGAGUGAGUUUAGUGUCAGCGAGGAGCUCACGGAAACGAUCCAACAAUAUUUUGUGGACAUGCGCAAAGCAAAUGUGAAGAGCAAUGCCGAUGAUCUGCACGGUUUGUUGGUGCUAUCGCGUCUGCUGGGCAUUUCGCGUGGUAAAGUGGCGCUGGAUAAAGAAACCUGGCACCUGGCCACCGAAUACGAGUCCAAGCGACGACAGCGUCUGCAAUCGCUGCCCAAAUCAAGUGCACAGUUGCGCAACUAA